UCCAGCGCGUCGCAUCGCUGAGCAACGUUCAGCACGGACAGCCAGCACAGCUCAACCGAGCGCAGAGCUUACCUGGCUCCGCCGAGAUAUUUAUAUUUUCCCCUGAAAAGGAAGGAGUGUGGACCGCCGGAAAGCCCUGACGUCACCAUGACAGGUAGACAGUAAAGAGAGGUUUGGGUCGUGAGGAGGAGAGGGAGUUAACACUGCGGGCGUGCUUGAGGUGGCCUCUCCAUCCCGGUGAACACCUUUCCGGGCUCGGAGCGCGCUUGGACGCACGUUUGACGAUGGACGGCUGGCCGCCGCUGCUGCUGCUGGCUCUCCUCGCCAUUGCGGGAGGCGGCCUUGGGGCAGACACAGAGGAGCGGUUGGUGGAGCAUCUCCUAAACCCAGCGCAUUAUAACAAACUGAUCCGUCCUGCGACUAACGGCUCUGAGCUGGUUACUGUGCAGCUGAUGGUGUCUUUGGCCCAACUCAUUAGUGUUCAUGAACGAGAGCAGGUGAUGACCACCAAUGUCUGGCUAACACAGGAGUGGCAGGACUAUCGUCUGACUUGGGUCCCUGAGGAGUUUGAUGGAAUGAUGAAGGUCAGGCUGCCCUCCAAACACAUCUGGCUGCCUGACGUGGUGCUUUACAACAAUGCUGAUGGGGUGUACGAGGUGUCGUUCUACUCUAAUGCAGUGGUGUCUUACGAUGGCAGCAUCUUCUGGUUGCCCCCGGCAAUCUAUAAAUCAGCCUGUAAGAUUGAGGUCAAGCACUUCCCCUUUGACCAGCAGAACUGCACGCUGCGCUUCCGCUCCUGGACCUACGACCGCACUGAAAUCGAUCUGGUGCUUCGCGCUGAUGUAGCCAGCAUGGAUGACUUCACCCCCAGUGGAGAGUGGGACAUCAUCGCCCUGCCGGGCAGACGAAAUGAAAACCCAGCUGACCCUACUUACGUGGACAUCACAUAUGACUUCAUCAUUCGCAGGAAGCCUCUUUUUUAUACUAUUAACCUCAUCAUCCCGUGUGUGCUCAUCACCUCGCUGGCGAUCCUGGUCUUCUACCUGCCCUCUGACUGUGGCGAGAAGAUGACACUCUGCAUCUCAGUGCUGCUGGCUCUCACUGUGUUCCUGCUGCUAAUCUCCAAGAUCGUCCCACCAACGUCACUGGAUGUUCCUCUGGUCGGAAAGUAUCUGAUGUUCACCAUGGUUCUGGUCACUUUCUCUAUCGUCACCAGUGUAUGUGUCCUGAAUGUGCACCAUCGUUCUCCCACCACACACACCAUGCCCCCUUGGGUUAAACUAGUGUUCCUCAACAAGCUUCCUGCCCUGCUCUUCAUGCGCCAGCCGAGAAACAGCUGCGAGCGUCAGCGGCUGCGUCAAAGGAGGAGGGCGCAGGAGCAGAGCGAGGGUGGUCGAAGUGGAGAGGCAGGGGCCUUGAUGGUGGGGCUCGGGCUGGGAAAUGCUGGUGGGAGUGGAGGGGGGACCUCCACAGUGUUUGGUAAGGAGGACAGUGACCCUUGUACGUGCUAUGUGAACCGUGCGUCUGUUAAACAGUUUGGAGGGGAUCUGGGAGGUGCAGGAGGGGGAUCCAUCGAUGGUCUAAACAGAGUCAGAGAAGGUCGAGAAGGGGGCUCUGGAAACCUUCCAAGAGGGAAGCAAGCAGCUGCAGGUCCUGCUUUGACCCAGGCCCUGCUGGCUCAAGCCUGUCCAGGCUUUGAGGAAGCUGUGGAAGGAGUACGCUUCAUCGCUAAUCACAUGAAGAGUGAGGAUGAUGAUCAGAGUGUGAGCGAGGACUGGAAGUAUGUUGCCAUGGUGAUUGACCGCCUCUUCCUGUGGAUCUUUGUGUUUGUAUGCGUGUUCGGCACGAUGGGCAUGUUCCUGCAGCCGCUCUUCCAGAACUAUACAGCCAAGACCAUCAACAUGCCAGGUUGACCAUUUUUCCCCAGCCACAAGCACGCGGACAGACAGCUCCCCGACCAAUCAGCACAGCAGGACAUGGGCCGGAGGCGGGGGGUGGGUCUGGGUUUUAAUGUGUCUAUGGUACAGGAACCAGAACUGGAAUAAACAACAAUCACAUCCAUUACCUUUAUAGUAACAAUUUUUGAAACAAACGAUUUUUCUCCUAUGAAGAUAAAGAAAAACACCAUCUUACUCUUACCUGCAGGUUUUUGGUUGGUUUUUUUUGUCCAGAUGCUUAAUGGUGUGACCUCUUUCUGGUGGAAAGGUCCCUCCCUGCUUCCCUCUUCAGCCAGCCAGGGAGUGAGGAUUCUCCGAGUUAUUCCUUGUUGAACCUUACGCCAGCUAGUUAACACUUUCCGCAUUACACUGACUGCUUAAGUGACACGUGACAUACCUGCCUUCAGCUACGACAGACAUUACUUAUUCAUAAUGUUGACUGAUGUCAGUAUCAGAGAGGAAAGGGAAGUUUAUAUCAAGGUUCUUAUACUUUUCUUUCCCCCCCC